CUUUCCCCAACCCUAACACUGUUCGAUAGGCAGACAGACAGCAGGAGUGAGAGGACACCUCUGACGCCACAGAGCACCUCUGUCACUGUCUGACUUUGUCUAAUGUAUCAGCCAACAGGCCAACAGUGAUUAAUAUACACUCCAUUUUACUGUACCUGAGGACCCUGACUCUUCCGUUGCUGAAAGACCCUAAGGAAUCAUGGUCCACCUAACAGCGCUGUUAGUUGUUCUGACUUGUAUGGUGCUGUCGCAGGCCCAACAUGAGCCCGGCUACUGCGCUUUCUAUGAGGAGUGUGGACGUAACCCAUUGAUAGAGGGAUCCCUCAUUCCUCCCAUUGUCCCCUGUCUAAACUACAGCCGUGCCCGGCAGCUCACAGGACAGCACUACAGGAAACUCAAACAGGUGUGUCCCAUUCUGGACCAUGGUGAGAACAACACGCGCGCCUGCUGCUCCCUCAAACAGCUCUCAUCCCUGGAAAUGAGUCUGACCCUGUCCAAGGCCGUGCUGAUCCGGUGCCCCACUUGCGCUGAGAACUUUGCCCACCUGCACUGCAUCAACACCUGCAGCCCCAACCAGAGCCAGACGGUGAAGAUCACAAAGGUCAUGAACAUCACUCAGCUCGGCGAGACGAAGGAGGUCGUGGUUGGUUACCAGGCAUUCCUCAGCACCACAUUUGCAGACGGCGCCUUCCAAUCUUGUCAAAAUGUCAGGAUACCCGCCACAGGAGGCCUCGCCAUUGCCACCAUGUGUGGCCGCUACGGCGCCAAGCUGUGCAACCCCCAGCGCUGGUAUGACUUCCAAGGAGACUCCAGUAACGGCCUGGCUCCAUUGGACAUCGACUUCAGGCUGGUGAAAGAGGGAGACACCGAGGGACUACCAAAAGGAGUGAUUCCCUAUAAUGGACGCGCGCUAAUGUGUAACGAGACCACACCAUCCGGAGGUCAAGUCUGCUCCUGCCAAGACUGCCAAGAGUCCUGCCCGAGUGUGUCUCACCCACCACCACCUCCUGGUCCCUUCAGACUGCUGGGGACAGACGGCUUCCUCGUGAUUUCUCUCAUCUUACUCUGUCUCCUGCUAUUUGCCUUCGUGCUUUAUAUCUCUGUCUCUUGCUUGGCGAAGUCUCAGAAGCGAGAGGACGAAAAGAAAGGAAAGAGAAAAGGGAGAGGCAAAGACCAAAACAGCAAUGAUGUGACUCAGCGACUCAUUGACCCGUCAGAGGUGACGUGCGCUGAGAGGAACAGCAUGGCGGCUCAAGCUUUCCUGAGCCUGGAGUUUCGGAACUGGGGCACCUUCAUGGCCACUUACCCCCUCACAGUGCUCCUGCUGUCGGCUGCAGUCGUGGCUGUUUUCGCUGCUGGACUCAAAUCCAUUGAGCUCAUCACUGACCCAGUGGAGCUGUGGUCUGCUCCCGACAGCCGUGCCCGCCAGGAGAAAGACUUCCAUGACACGCACUUUGACCCCUUCUUCAGGACGAACCAGCUGAUCUUGACAGCGCCAGACAGAAAAGGCCACAUUUAUGAUUCCUUGCUGUUUGGACUGCAGAACUUUAGCGGAAUUGUAUCCAAGGAUCUCAUCAUUGAGCUGCUGGAGCUCCAGAAACGAAUACAGAACAUCGAGUUCUGGUCAGAUGAUCUGAACCGCACUGCCAGUCUGAAGGACGUGUGCUUCGCACCGUUGAGCCCAAACAACGUCUCCCUGACGGACUGUGCGGUCAACAGUUUGCCGCAGUACUUCCAGAACAGCAUCGACAACAUUAACGCUAAGGUGAACAUGACAGAGCUGGGAGUGACCAAGGAGGUGGACUGGAGAGACCAUUUGAUCUACUGCCUCAACUCUCCCCUGUCCUUCAAAGACAUCACUGAUUUAGGUUUGAGCUGCAUGGCUGACUAUGGAGCGCCAGUCUUCUCCUUUCUGGCAGUGGGGGGCUAUGAGAAUGACGACUUCACCAAUGCCGAGGCUUUGAUCAUGACCUUCUCCCUCAACAACUAUGCUCGCAACAACCCCAAGUUUGAAGUGGCCAUGCAGUGGGAGAAAGAGUUUCUUAAAAUUGUCCAAGACUACCAGAAGAGCCCCGCCAACAACUUCACAUUUGCAUACAUGGCAGAGAGAUCUCUGGAGGAUGAAAUAAAUCGGACAACAGCGGAGGACAUCCCCAUCUUCAUGAUCAGCUAUGCUGUAAUCUUUGUUUACAUUGCUGUUGCACUGGGGGAGUACUCGUCGUGGAAACGCAUACUGGUGGACUCCAAGUUCCUGGUGGGUCUGGGUGGGAUCCUGGUGGUGGGCUGUUCUGUCCUGGCUUCCAUGGGCUUCUACUCCUGGAUCGGCAUCCCCUCGUCGCUGGUCGUUCUGCAGGUCGUGCCCUUCCUGGUGCUCGCUGUAGGAGCUGACAACAUCUUCAUCUUUGUUCUGGAGUUCCAGAGAGAUGUGCGGAGGCCCGGGGAGAAAAGAGAGGAGCAGAUUGGUCGCGUCCUUGGAAACGUAGCUCCCAGCAUGCUCCUGUGCAGUCUGUCUGAGUCCGUCUGUUUCUUCCUUGGGGCCCUCUCCACCAUGCCAGCAGUCAAGACCUUUGCUCUGUAUGCUGCUCUGGCUGUGCUCAUGGACUUCAUCCUCCAGAUGACGGCCUUUGUGGCGCUGCUGUCCCUUGAUGCCCGGCGCCAAGACAACAACCGCUGUGAACUACUGUGCUGUGUCACCGUGUCAGCCCAGCAUCCUAAAAAGCCGAACGAGGGCUUUCUGCUUCCCCUAAUGAGGAAAUACUACGCCCCGGUCCUACUGCAUCGUUACACCAGGAUCUUAGUGAUGUUUGUUUUCAUCUUCAUGCUCUGUGGAUCCGUAUUCCUCAUGUUUAAUGUCACGGUUGGUCUGGAUCAGGAACUGGCUAUGCCUCAGGGCUCGUACAUGUUGGACUAUUUCAAGUACCUCUACAAAUACUUUGAAGUCGGAGUCCCUGUUUACUUUGUGACAAAACGGGGCUUCAACUUCACCACUGUGGAGGGCAUGAAUGCAGUCUGCUCCAGCGUGGGCUGUGAUCAAUUCUCACUGACCCAGAAGAUUCAGUACGCCACCAACUACCCCGAUCAAUCCUACAUUGCUAUUCCUGCUAACUCUUGGGUAGAUGACUUCAUUGACUGGCUGAACCCUGGAUCCAAAUGCUGUCGUCUGUACAACGCCAAUAUAAACAAUGGAACGUUCUGUCCUGCAAGUGAACUUGCUCAACGUUGUCGGCGUAAAUGUAUGGUCGCUCCUCCAGAUGGCGUCUUAAGACCCAAUGUGACACAGUUUGACCGUUACCUCCCUGACUUCCUGGGCAACAGGCCUGACCUGCAGUGCCCCAAAGGUGGUCUAGGAGCCUAUGACAAAGCCGUGGUGAAAGAUGCGAGUGGAGAAAUUAUAGCCUCUCGGUUCAUGGCUUACCACACGCCUUUAACGAACUCUCAGGAGUUCACCGCUGCGCUGCUGAAGUCCAGAGAGCUGGCACACAACAUCACCAUGGGCAUGAGGCAAAUACCGGGCACCUCACCUGACUUUGAAGUAUUUCCGUACACGCUCACUAAUGUGUUUUACGAGCAGUACUUGACUGUUGUGCCAGAGGGACUCUUCAACAUCUCCCUGUGUCUGCUGCCCACAUUCGUGGUGUGCUGCCUUCUGCUGGGGCUUGACCUCCGCUCCGGCCUUCUCAACCUGAUUACCAUCAUCAUGAUCGUCGUGGAUACUGUUGGCGUCAUGACACUGUGGGACAUCGACUACAACGCAGUGGCCCUGAUCAAUCUGGUCACGGCGGUGGGCAUCUCUGUUGAGUUUGUGUCACAUAUGACAAGAUCCUUUGCACUAAGCACCAAGCCCUCACACGUGGAAAGAGCUAUGGAGGCUACAGCUAACAUGGGCAGUGCGGUGUUUGCUGGUGUUGCCAUGACCAACCUUCCUGGCAUCCUUGUGCUUGCGUUUGCCAAAGCGCAGCUCAUCCAGAUCUUCUUCUUCCGGUUAAACCUGGUCAUCACUCUGCUGGGGUUGGCCCACGGACUCAUAUUCCUCCCUGUGCUGCUCAGUUACUUUGGUCCUGGUGUGAAUAAGGCGGUGCUGCUGCAGCUCCAGCAGGCCAAAGCAAAGGCCAGCCAGGAGCUGGAGACGAGGACCAACACGAGACAAGUCUAUGACAACCUGAGCUAUGAGGACAAUGAGAUAAAACUGGACCCAGACUCCGAAAAGGCUGUCACAGACGCAAGCGGACCUUCAACAAUUAAAGAAAAAGUGGAGAGAAUUGACCGUUUUUGAGCACCAUCAACAAAAACUGCUAUAAAACCUCAAAGAUGAGCAAAUACCUCAGUAACAAACUGCAAAAGGAUGGACUCAGAAAAAGACAAAGAUAGUAAACAAAGUCAGGCAUCUGGCUCUUCCAUAUGGAAAUCAUUAACUUAAAUAUGUACCUCAAUCAAAAAAGGGACCAGGGGACAGUCAACAGCAAAAUACAACUGUGCAGUAUUUCUGAGCAAUGCAAGAGUGGACUAUUGUAAUAAGUGUCAACCUUCCUCUCUCAUCAAAUGAGAAACUCGUUUGAGGUCUCUCUGCACAGGCGCUGCAACUGAGCAAGAUUUGUUUUUCAGUUGUGCAAAACUGUGACAGGACAGGAAGCCGGCAAACGUUCUUGAAUUAGUCAUUUUAUAUUUUUCUAUUGAAAGUAAUUAUUUUGUAUGUAAAUACUUCACGAGUACUGCUCUGAGUGAUUUGAUAUAACUCAUACCCCGGCAUUUCCUAGGAGAGUUUCUUCCAUUGCAGUAUGUUGCUAUUGCUGUAAAAUGUGAAAUCAGUGAGAAAAUAUUAAAUGUUUUACUACUUGAAUAAAUAUCCUUAUCCGUUUUUA